CUGAAGUGCACAGAUGUAGGGAGCACAGAGCGGUUUGAGAUUCGGCCCGUGGCUAGUUGUUUGUGUGGUCAGAGUGAAACCAGAAGCGGACUGACACUUAACCCCGAGGCGAUCAGUCCGUGUCCAGACUCCUGGAGAAGAAGAGUAGAGCGAUACGUACGCUGAUUAUUCCUGACGUUAUCAUGACACAGUGAUAUUUAAUGCUCACUGUAGUAAAUUGACAAAUUAUAUUACAGCGUGUGUGUUAGAGCAUCAUACAGGAGCGUAAACAUGGUGGAUAACCGCUACGCCACGGCGUUAGUGAUCGGCUCUGUGCUGAGCCUGUUGGCCAGCGUCUACCUCUCCGUGGCCGUCGGGACGCAGCACUGGUACCAGUACCGCAGUCCACCGACCAGCAACGACGCUAACAACGGCUCAGACCUGCAGAAACUGAAGGAGGACUUCAUGGGCGAGGAUGUGAUGGAGGUGCAGUACAGUACAGCUCUGUUCCGUAUCAAUGGCUCUCUGGGGCUGUGGUGGCGCUGCAUCCUCUGGUCUCAGCCAGACUCUAAGGUGGUGUCUGAAUGUAAGGCCUUUACUUUAGCUCAGCAGUUUGAAGUCAAGUACAAACAUCCAAAUAACAGCAGCAGUGUGGAGGAUUUUCUGCGCACAGCUCUGUGGCGAUGUCGCUUCGUCUUCCCACUGGUGUCUCUCGGCCUGGUGUUUCUGGCCGCUCUGGUCGGAGUGUGUGCUUGUCUCUGUCGCAGCCUCACACCCACACUGUUUGUAGGACUGUUACACCUACUGGCAGGUUUGUGCUCUCUGGCGACGGUGUGCUGUUUCCUGGCAGGAGUGGAUCUGCUGCACCAAGUAUUGGAGUGGCCCGAGGGCGUGGACUCAUCUCUGGGCUGGUCCCUUUACCUGGCCCUGGUCUCCUCCCCACUGCAGAUGAUGGCUGCUGCUCUGUUCAUGUGGGCUGCCAGGAGCCACCGCAAGAACUACACUCGCAUGACUGCUUACAGGGUGGCGUAAUUCACACAGAACUGCAACACGGCUUCCACAUACUGUACAUCUCAGACUCAAACACAUCACAUACACAACUCACCUGAGGAGUCGCCUGAGAAAUCACAUGAAGUGUAUUCUGAAGUCAUCUUAGGAGUCACCUGAUGAGUUAUCAGUGGAGGAACCUGAGGAACCCCCUCAGGAGUCACAUCAGUAACCACAUAAAGCCUAACCUGAGGAGUUACCUUAGUGAUGAACUACUGAGGCUUUAUAAUGUGUUUAUAAUCUCCUCAUUACUGCCUUAUUCACCACUAAACACCAUCAUACAGCAGAAUCCCCAAUACCACUACACAGAACAUCAUGUUCUUUAAUCCCAUCACAGAAUAUCGAAAUGCAUUUCUGUAACUUACAAGAAAGUGUGUAAAAGUGUUUUUAAAGCUGUAAUAUUUAUAGAAUUUUAGAGUUAAAGCAAAAAAAUCUGGAAUGA